AUAGUGAAAUAUCAAAGCAUAACAAUUGAUAAACUAUGAUGCCCACGAGAUAGCAAGUCUGUGUUAUCAGUGAACAAGGUGUCGAAGCUGUGAAAAGCUGAUAUAAAAAAGGGUAUUUCUCUCGUACUCUCGUCUGAGAAACCCUUCCUCACCCCCUCACCCCCUCUCACUCACCCGUCCCCCUCCCUCACCCACACGCCCCUCCCCCCCCCCCCUCGACGCCCCUCAAGAUGGAGCUCCUCACCACGAAGAUCAUCGCCCUCACCCUCAUGGGGGUCCUCUCCCUGUUCUUCGGCCUCCUCCCCCUCCGUCUCAAGAAGUACAUCCACCACGCGAGCAAGAAGAGGGAGAGGAUCGUCAGCUGCCUCCUGUGCUUCGGCGGCGGGGUCCUCCUGGCCACCGUCUUCACCCACAUGCUGCCGGAGACGCGGGAGAACUUCGCCAACGCCUUCGCCAGCAACGUCCUCACGGUGGGGGCGGACUACCCCCUCGCCGAGCUCGUCAUCUGCGCCGGCUUCUUCCUGGUGUACUUCGUCGAGGAAUUCGUUCAUAAGAUCUUCUUCCGGAGGGACCACCACCACGGGCGCAAGAUGACGAAGCUCGCGGCCGCCAUUGAGGGAGAGAACGGCCACUCGCACCACCAUCACCACCAUCACCACCACCCGCACUCCCACCAUCACCACCACGCCCACAGUCACGCCCACACCAACGGCACCUCGCCCACGGAUGUGCAGCCGGUCAAGCCCGACUCUCUGCAGAAUGGGAAGAAGACCCAAGAUCCCGGGCGGUGCGCCGUGUACUCCAUCACGGGCGCCGUGGACUCCUCCAGGGGCGUGGGCGCGGGCGGCGGAGGAGGAGAUGUAUCCUCGAAGACCCGGUGGGCGGAGUCUGGAGUCGAUAACCCAGUGUUUGCAGGAGACAUUGAUGCUGUGACCUGGAACCCCGAGCUCAAGGAUUCCAUUACCAACGGCACGCAGGUGGUGCCCGUGACGACCUCGUCCAGCAGCGCCGUCCCCGAGGCAGUUGCACACGGCGGCCACGGACACGGCCACUCCCACCUCAGUAUUGGCAAACUCGGAAGCAAAGGACUGGCCUCCAAUCUGCGCUCCUUGCUGGUCAUUCUUGCGCUGUCCUUCCACUCCGUGUUCGAGGGCUUGGCAGUGGGCCUCCAGGAGAGAGAGGUGGACGUGUGGUACCUCUUCGGAGCCAUCUGCGCGCACAAGCUGGUCAUCGCCUUCUGCAUGGGGCUGGAGCUCCUGGUGGCGGGCACGGUGGUGGGGCUCAUGGUCGUCUACAUGGUCGUGUUCGCCCUCGUGUCGCCGCUGGGGAUCGCCAUCGGGAUCAUCGUCACGGAGAACAUUACCUCGAACGACGGAGGACACCUCGUGGCCGUGACGAUCCUGCAGGGCCUCGCGGGCGGGACCAUCCUCUACGUCACGUUCUUUGAGGUGCUGGAGCGAGAGCGCAACCACGGCGGCGGGAGGCUCAUGAAGCUGCUGUUCAUCGUGCUCGGCUUCGGCGCCAUGGCUGCCGUGGAGGCCGUGGGAGGGCACUCGCACGGGCCCAGCGGCCACGGGCACAGCCACGGCGGCCACUCGCACGGCGGCGGCGCGUCCUCCCUCGGCCUGGAGGAGGACCUCCACGACCACGACGACCACGGCCACGAUCACCACGACCACGGCCACGACCACCACGACCAUGACCACCACGGCCAUGAUCAUCACGACCACUAAGGCUACCAAGCCCUCGUGCAGUGUAAUCAAAGGGCUUCGGUUUGUGUUGUCGUUCGGCGUCAGCUGGUCGUUCAACUGCAGGGGAGCGAGGCGGCCGACGCUCGCCCCCUGCUGUGGCUGUGAUCCAAGGACUUGCAGAGGAAAGCCAAAAUGGGAAACUAGGAAGCGAGCAGCGAGUGGCUAGUGAUCUCAACAUGUGAUCAUCCUGUACCAUAUAAGAUUAGUGCCUUAAGGAGAAAUUUAAAAAGAACAAUUUUCUUCUCGUUUUCUCUCUCUCUCUGUGAGAAUUCAUUUCUUCCUGAGAUAUAACAGUGCUGAAAGAAAUAUAUAUAUACAGAUGAGACAUAAACAUUCCACUGAAUUCUUUACUGAAAUAUAUCUAGAACAAAAUAGAACAUUUCGUAGUUAUCUUUAUCAAAAGAGGUUUCCCGUUUGUGCAUUUGCUGAUUAGUGGCCAAAAUGUUCAGAAAUCCAGUGUUCCAGGUACUCUAGUGUGUUCCAAAUGUGCUUACAAAUGCAGCACCGAAAAAAAAACAUGUUAGUUUUGAGUUCUCGUGAAAGAGAGUGUGCGUCUUUUCCUUCGAUUUUCUCAUGAGUGUUCAUAGUGACCUUGUGUGUACAGUCGCAUUUUUAUUUCUAUUUUAUUUUUUAGUAUUUUUUUUUACAUUAUGGUAUUUCAUCUUUUCAUGGUUGGUAAUGUCAUAUGAAUAUGUUAAUGAGAACAAAUUUUGUGUUUAUUAACGUUUUCUUAGAAAUAUCUUAUCCAUUUUCUUGGUUAUCGCAAAGACUGUCGCGAAAACAUUCUUAGUGAGAGUACUUAAGUGACUUUGACCUUCCUUACGAUACUAAGAAUAGAUAACAAAUUGAAUACAUGAAUAAAUUCUUGAAACCUGAAAAUUAUUGCGAUAUACAUAGAAAAUUGAUUUGGCUAUUAAACGCAUAUUUUAUCAAACAUCAUUCUGUUGAAACACAUCAUAUUAUCAACAUAAUAAAGUUGUAAUAUGCACGCUGAGACAAGGUAAGAAAAGCUCUGGAAGGAAAAAUCCGUUUUUUUCUUUCUUUCUUUCUCUUUGCCCGCGGGGAUAAAGGAGAUAACAGAGAAUGAAAAAAACGGUUUUAGUGAAAAGGGAUAAGGAAAAAGUGAGGUUUACAGGGCGGGGGUAAAAGCAUGCCCCGAGGGUGGUUAACGGUCACUCUCACCCUUCAGAAGCGUCACCCUUACUUUCCUCCGUCUGCUCAGGAUUAGG